GGCAGCAGCUGGUGCGAGUAGCUUAGCUGGAGAGGCUCACGCGGGGAAGGGAGGCCGCCGACCUACUGGGCCCACGGGCUCCCACACAGUUCCUGAGCUGGUGCCAGGCAGGUGACACCGUCUUCCUGCAGCCCCCAGCAUGUGGGCAGGCCUGGGCCCUGCCGUCACACUGGCCCUGGUAUUGGUGGCAUGGGCCACCCAGCUCAAGCCCACAGCGCCACCCAUCUUCACCGGCCGGCCCUUUGUGGUAGCAUGGGAUGUCCCCACACAAGACUGUGGCCCUCGCCUCAAGGUACCACUGGACCUGAAGGCCUUUGAUGUGCAGGCCUCACCUAAUGAGGGUUUUGUGAACCAGAACAUCACCAUCUUCUACCAUGACCGGCUGGGCCUGUAUCCACACUUCAGUUCCGUGGGGAGGUCUGUGCAUGGGGGCGUGCCACAGAAUGGCAGCCUCUGGGCACAUCUGAAGAUGCUGCAGGAGCACGUGGAGCACUACAUCCGUACACAGGAGCCUGCAGGCCUGGCAGUCAUCGACUGGGAGGACUGGCGGCCCGUGUGGGUGCGCAACUGGCAGGACAAGGACGUGUACCGCCAGUCGUCGCGCCAGUUGGUGGCCACUCGCCACCCUGACUGGCCAGCAGACCGUGUGGUCAAGCAGGCGCAGUACGAGUUUGAGUUUGCGGCCCGCCAGUUCAUGCUGGAGACGCUGCGCUUUGUCAAGGCAGUGCGGCCGCGGCACCUCUGGGGCUUCUACCUCUUCCCCGACUGUUACAACCACGACUACGUGCAGAACUGGGACACCUAUACAGGCCGCUGCCCUGAUGUUGAGGUCUCCCGAAACGACCAGCUGGCCUGGCUGUGGGCCGAGAGCACAGCCCUCUUCCCCUCCGUCUACCUGGACGAGACACUGGCGUCCUCCACCCACGGCCGCAACUUUGUCAGCUUCCGCGUUCAGGAGGCCCUCCGCGUGGCUCACACCCACCACGCCAACCACGCGCUCCCGGUCUACGUCUUCACACGACCCACCUACAGCCGCAGGCUCACAGGGCUCAGCGAGAUGGAUCUCAUCUCCACCAUUGGUGAGAGCGCAGCCCUGGGCGCGGCCGGGGUCAUCCUCUGGGGCGACGCGGGCUACACCACCAGCAAGGAGACCUGCCAGUACCUCAAGGAUUACCUGACGCGGCUGCUGGUCCCCUACGUAGUCAACGUGUCCUGGGCUGCCCAGUAUUGCAGCUGGGCCCAGUGCCAUGGGCACGGGCGCUGUGUACGCCGUGACCCCAGCGCCAGUACCUUCCUGCACCUCAGCGCCAGCAGCUUCCGCCUGGUGCCUAGUCGCGUGCCUGGGGAGCCCCAGCUGCGCCCAGAGGGGGAGCUCAGCUGGGCGGAUCUCAACUACCUGCAGACGCACUUCCGCUGCCAGUGCUACUUAGGCUGGGGGGGCGAGCAGUGCCAGUGGGACCGCACACGGGCAGCUGGCGGUGCCCGUGGGGCCUGCGCUGGGCCCCUCCUCACCGGAUCGCUGGCUGGGGCAGCCCUGGCCCUCACCUGGACUUUGUAGGGGUCUCUCUCCCGGCUGCCGGGCCAGCUGGCCUCUGCCACGAGGGCUCUGCCAGGCAUGUAGGAGCCUGCCCGGGGUGCACAAACUGGAGCUCCGAGGGGGCAGAGCCCCGGGGAUGCCCGGCAGGGUGUCCAUACCAGCUCUCACCCCCCUGUUCUAAGGGGGAGGCAGUUCCCUGAGAGGCCCCUUUUCUCCCUGCCAGAGAGGAAGAGGGGUAUAGCCGGGCCAGAGAGGACCUGACCCUACUCUCCUGCCCCUGGAUAGUUUAUUAUUAUUAUUUUGGGGUCUCUUUUGUAAAUUAAAUAUAAAACACCUGCUU